AGGUGGAUACCAGCUGAGAGAAACUCUCACACUUUGGCCAGCAUCAGAGGAGUGCGGAGGUGGAGAAUCACCUAAAUUUCCACAAAGUAAACAAAAUGGACAUUCUCCAGAAGCGACUCUGGUCUUUCAUGUUUCUACAAGGUAUACUUAUUGGAAAUUUAGUUGAUUCUUCAGCUCUGCCCUCCACUGCUAACCCAGUGCCUGUCAUGACCCUGGUGGGGAGCCAGGUGGUCCUUCCCUGCAGCUGGAAGCACUCCCAGAAAGAAAUGGCAGAGUCCGGCUGCCACAUCCAGUGGAUGUCUCCGCCAUACACCGUGUUCGAACAACUUGGAGAAGACAAGUGGCAGGCGGCGGAGUACGAGGGCCGGGUGGAAGUGCCUCUGGAGAAACUCAACUCCGGGGAUUGUUCCCUGAUCAUCAAGGACGUUCAGAUCGGAGACACGGGGAGAUACGAGAGCUUCAUAGUGGUGGAUGGCGUGAGGUCCCAAAAGAGCAGAGUUUUCAUUCAGAGUGUCAAAUUGUCUGUGACAGACCACAAAUCCCGGAAGGAUCUUUACCCAGGGGACGACCUGGUUUUGGAGCUGUACACCCCCCACUCAUUUGCAGUGGUCUUCCAGAGCAGGGACAGUUCAGAGUGGGUGAACUUGUGGAAGAGAGGGGAUGAAAACAAUGAACGCAUGGAAAAACAUCAUCAGCUCGAACAAUUAACGAUAAAGAAUCUUCAAUACUCUGAUGAAGGAAUAUACAAAGUUUUGGAUGAGGACGACCUCUCUGUCAGCACCAUGCAGCUGUACAUAACGGAAAAAUCCCCGUCAUCGAGAAUCCAAGAAAAGCAGGAACAAAUUCUGACAGAUGCUGCAGCUACAAGCAGCUGUUCAGCUCUUCUCUUGUCUGUUCUGCUCUCGUGUUACCAAAUUCUUCUUCUUCACUGAGACAUAUUUUUCUGCCGUGUAACUAUCAACAACAUCUACAGAAUUUAGCACUCUAUGGCCAGCAGACAGAGAAGAUUUGUAAGUAGGAGAAGUAACAAAAGCCUUGCAAUCCUGCGCAUGACUGUAAUUCUGAAACACUUUCAUUUAUAGUCUGUUCCAUUUCUGAUGCUCAACAUUUUAUAGAUAUCAUUGUGUGUUUUUAAAUUGAUCAUUUGCUUAUGUGCUAGAGAUCUCUUUCAUGUCAUUCAAAAGAACCAUCUUGUAGUUGAUGUUAAUGGAAAAUAUUCCUGUGUUAUGACAAUCCCUUUUACUAUUUAAUUAAUCAAAAGUCACUUAUACUAGGCUAUUUUGCAACUUCUCAAAAAAAAAACAUAACUACAAUAAAUAAAAUAUGUCAAAGCUGCCAAUCAACUUAAAAAGAUGCAGACUGAUCCACCAGUUAAUUUCAAUAAGUAAAAACAAAGACCUAAGACCUGUAUUAGGGGAGUUUUCAUUUGUCUAGCAGCAGAAACGUUGUUCUUUUUUAUAUAUUCUGUUUCGCACAUUUGCACAUUAUUCUUUGAGCUAUUGGAAAUGUUUGGUUCCAGUUACAACGUUUUGUGAACCACUGCUUGCAAAAUGAUAUAGUUCUGUUUGAUAUUGUUGUUCUAUCUAUGAAAGAUAAAGAUAGACAUAAUUCUUUUUAUGUCUACAUAUUUAAUCUACCCAACAUGUAGCUUUUAGAGGGUGUUUUGGUCUUUUCCCUCCUUUCUGGUAAAUUCUAACUCUUUAUAAUCAAUUCAAAAUUUAGAGUAAUCAACAUGAGAAACCUAGCUAUUGUUCUAGUUUAUAAAAAAGGGUUGUUAGUUUUGACGUGUGGUUUUAUUACAUGGUUAUAAGCAGUUAAUUUAGCAAAAACACAAGUUGGCUGGACAGAGAGGCUGAAGCUACUGACUAUUCUGAGGCCAAGAACAGAGGGGACCUCUAUGGCCUUAAAACAAAUCCCAGAAAAGUCAGUGGUUCACGUGAACACCCCUUCAUCAACUUUUCAAUCAACAUGUCGAACGGUUCUUUACAUAAAAGCUAAGUAACAUAGGAAACGGAAGUUGGCAAUGCAUCAUCAAUAUUCAUCUUUGUGAAACAUUCUGAGAACAGAAAGCAUGUGUGGUGUGAUAGAGAAAUUGACAAAAAAUAUUAGGGAGUAAAAAGUUAAAUCCUUAUUUUUUAUUAUUUCUUAACACCCAUUGCUACAGAGCCCCUAAAGGGACACUGAAGGAAGAAAUAAACUUUCUCAUAAGCACCAGAUACUAUCUUGGGUGCACCACAUACUUUCUUAUACAUACCAGAUAGCAUCUCUUGCCCAUCAGAUAGCAUCUUGUGCAACCAGAUACUUUCUCGUGCACAACAAACAAUAUCUGGUGCGCAUGAGAAAGUUUAUUUUUAUGUUUUCCUUCAGUGUCUUUCAAGGAGCUCCGUACAUUGCUUUCUUUCUGACUUGAAGUGAAAUACUCAUAGUUUCUGUUCUCAGCAUGUUUCACUUAUGAAGAUCGUUGGUGAUGCACUGCCUCCUUCCACCGUCUCCAUUGUAAAAAAAAAAAAAAAUCUUUAGCUCCCUUGUAAGCACAAUAAUGGUGUAAAGGUUCAGAAAAUAGCGUUUCAAUAAACUACUGACACCUUUUCAGAAUAGAGAUUUUUUUUUAAUGCAGUAUAAGUCCAUUUUGAUCUUGGUGCCUCUCGAACAAGUGGUUAGCUUCAGCCUCUGUGAUGACUGAUCUGUUUUCAUUUGAAACAAUAAUAAU